UUGCAACUGGGGGACUAAAGUUCAGCCCCGGAGCAGGGAGCUCCCUGUAAGCCUUCGCCGGGAAAACAAGAGAGGGCGUAGAGAAGCAGCAGCAAACACCUGGUCUGAGUCUCAGAAACAUGAGUGUUUGCUCAGCACUUGGUCUCUGGAACGCCCGCCUUUGCAAACACCACAUCUUCCCCGUCCACUGCGUCCCGCCACAGGCGGCUACCGUGCGGGCGCCCGGGGCGGGGAGCCGGAACCGCCCGCCCUCCGAGGAGCCUGCCCCCGUCGCCGGCCGGCCAGCUGCAGCUCACUGUUUGUUUGCCGACGUUUGCAUACAACACUGAGUUGCCUUUUUUUCCUUCCCAGUCGGUUCGGCGGUGUCCCGAGAUUCACCCCCAGAGUAACUUCUGCCUCUGCUCCUCCUCUUCUUGGAACUGCCUUUUGUUUGUCUGGCAGCCUUGGUUCUAUGGGGGUGUGUGAUGAUAAUAAUACGCGGGCUUAUAUAACCCUCUUCAUCUUGCAAGCACUUCGCAGACAGUCCCUAAUGAAUCUUCGGGCGGCUGUAGCGGCAAAGAGGAAACCCCAAGCCCGGGCGCGGAGGCCAGAGGGGAGGGCGGCGCGGGUCAGAGGCCGGGCCUCCCUGGCUCCCCGCGCCUCGGAGGUCAGGGGAGAUAAGGAACAAUGACUCUCGCCCUCGGGAGGAGGAAGGAAGUCCCGCUGCCACCUUAUCUCUCCUCCUCUGCACGCUCUCAGUUCCCAGAGCUUGUUCUCUAGAGAAGAUUUUGAAGGCGGCUUUUGUGCUGACUGCCACCCACCACUGUCUGAAGAAGGCGAACUUGGCAGAUGACGUGAAGGUUCUCCAGGACAGAGUAACUGCAGAACAUCUUCAAAGGACCCCAUCUGGUCUGGAUACCUCUGAGCAUAGGAAUUGAUUCUUCAACCAGGAUACCUACUUCAAGACCUGCAGAAACCAGGAGGCUGAGACGUUUUGUCAGUGUUGUGACGUUGGACCAAACACAAUGAAGUAUUCUUGCUGUGCCCUGAUUUUGGCGGUCCUGGGCACAGAACUGCUGGGGACCCUCUGUUCGACUGUCAGAUCCCAGAGGUUCAGAGGACGGAUACAGCAGGAACGAAAAAACAUCCGACCCAACAUUAUUCUUGUGCUCACCGAUGACCAAGAUGUGGAGCUGGGGUCCCUGCAAGUCAUGAACAAAACAAGAAAGAUUAUGGAGCAUGGGGGGGCCACCUUCACCAACGCUUUUGUGACUACCCCCAUGUGCUGCCCCUCCCGGUCCUCCAUGCUCACCGGAAAGUAUGUGCACAACCACAAUGUCUACACCAACAAUGAGAACUGCUCUUCGCCGUCCUGGCAGGCGAUGCAUGAACCUCGGACUUUUGCUGUGUAUCUUAACAACACUGGCUACAGAACAGCCUUUUUUGGAAAAUACCUCAAUGAAUAUAAUGGCAGCUACAUCCCUCCUGGGUGGCGAGAAUGGCUUGGAUUAAUCAAGAAUUCUCGUUUCUAUAAUUACACUGUUUGUCGCAAUGGCAUCAAAGAAAAGCAUGGAUUUGAUUAUGCAAAGGACUACUUCACAGACUUAAUCACUAACGAGAGCAUUAAUUACUUCAAAAUGUCUAAGAGAAUGUAUCCCCAUAGGCCCAUUAUGAUGGUGAUCAGCCACGCUGCGCCCCACGGCCCCGAGGACUCGGCCCCACAGUUUUCAAAACUGUACCCCAACGCUUCCCAACACAUAACCCCUAGUUACAACUAUGCACCAAAUAUGGAUAAGCACUGGAUUAUGCAGUACACGGGGCCCAUGCUGCCCAUCCACAUGGAAUUUACAAACGUUCUACAUCGCAAAAGGCUUCAGACUUUGAUGUCCGUAGAUGAUUCUGUGGAAAGGUUGUAUAAUAUGCUUGUGGAAACGGGGGAGCUGGAGAACACUUACAUCAUUUACACGGCUGACCACGGUUACCAUAUUGGGCAGUUUGGACUGGUCAAGGGCAAGUCCAUGCCAUAUGACUUUGAUAUCCGCGUGCCUUUCUUUAUCCGCGGUCCGAGCAUAGAGCCAGGAUCAAUAGUCCCACAGAUCGUUCUCAACAUCGACCUGGCCCCUACGAUCCUGGACAUCGCUGGGCUCGACACACCUCCCGAUGUGGAUGGCAAGUCCGUCCUCAAACUUCUGGACCCGGAAAAGCCAGGUAACAGGUUUCGAACAAACAAGAAAGCCAGAAUUUGGCGUGAUACAUUCCUCGUGGAAAGAGGGAAAUUUCUACGUAAGAAAGAAGAAUCCAGCAAGAAUAUCCAACAGUCAAAUCACUUGCCCAAAUAUGAGAGGGUCAAGGAAUUGUGCCAGCAGGCCAGGUACCAGACAGCCUGUGAACAGCCUGGGCAGAAGUGGCAGUGCAUUGAGGACACAUCUGGCAAGCUCCGAAUUCACAAGUGUAAAGGAUCCAGUGACCUGCUCACCGUGCGGCAGAGCACGCGGAACCUCUACUCUCGCGGCUUCCACGACAAGGAAUGCAGCUGCGGAGAGCCUGGCUAUCGCACCGGCAGAAGCCAGAGGAAGAGCCAAAGGCAGUUCCUGAGAAACCAGGGGACUCCGAAGUACAAGCCCAGAUUUGUCCACACUCGGCAAACACGUUCCUUGUCCGUCGAAUUUGAAGGCGAAAUAUAUGACAUAAACCUGGAAGAAGAAGAACUGCACGUGCUGAGACCAAGAAACAUCGCCAAGCGCCAUGAUGAAGGCCCCCGGGGGCCUGGAGGCCACCAGGCUGCGGGCGACGGGGACACGAUGCUGGCAGACAGAGGCAAUGCCCUGGGCUUGCCCACCACCGUCCGAGUGACCCACAAGUGCUUUAUUCUUCCGAAUGAUACAAUCCAUUGUGAGAGAGAACUGUAUCAAUCAGCCAGAGCCUGGAAGGACCACAAGGCAUACAUUGAUAAAGAGAUUGAAGCUUUGCAAGAUAAAAUUAAGAAUUUGAGAGAAGUGAGGGGGCACCUAAAGAGGAGAAAACCCGAGGAAUGUGCCUGUAGUAAACAGAGCUAUUAUAAUAAAGAGAAAGGUGUGAAAAAGCAAGAGAAGGUGAAGAGUCAUCUCCACCCAUUUAAGGAAGCUGCUCAGGAGGUAGACAGCAAACUGCAGCUUUUCAAGGAGAACCGUAGGAGGAAGAAGGAGAGGAAGGAGAAGAAACGGCAGAGGAAGGGGGAGGAAUGCAGCCUCCCGGGCCUCACCUGCUUCACGCACGACAACAACCACUGGCAGACGGCCCCGUUCUGGAACCUGGGAUCUUUCUGCGCCUGCACGAGCUCUAACAACAAUACCUACUGGUGUUUACGUACAGUUAAUGAGACGCAUAAUUUUCUCUUCUGUGAGUUCGCCACUGGCUUUUUGGAGUAUUUUGAUAUGAAUACAGAUCCUUAUCAGCUCACAAACACAGUGCACACAGUGGAACGGGGCAUUUUGAACCAGCUACACGUACAACUCAUGGAGCUCAGAAGCUGCCAAGGGUAUAAGCAGUGCAAUCCAAGACCUAAGGGCCUUGAAGUCGGAAAUAAAGAUGGAGGAAGCUAUGACCUACACAGGGGACAGUUAUGGGAUGGAUGGGAAGGCUAACCAGCCCAGCCUCGCUGCAGACGUCAACUGGCAAGGCCUGGAAGAUUUAUACAGUGUGAAUGAAAGCAUCUAUGAGUACAGACAAAACUAUAGACUUAGUCUGGUUGACUGGACUAAUUACUUGAAGGAUGUAGAUAGAGUAUUUGCACUGCUGAACAGCCACCAUGAGCAAAAUAAAACAAAUAAGACUAAAACUGCUCAAAGCGAUGGGUUCCCAGGUGGAUCUGCUGAGCUCUCCGUGCCAGUAGAGAUGGCCUCCGCGGAGUCAGAUGAUGACCCGAGUUGGACGGUUGGGGAAGCACCUCACGUGACCUUGCCAGCUGACCUUCGAACCCUGCAUUUGAACCAACCAACAUUCAGUCCAGAGACGAAACUUGAAUGGAAUAACGACAUUCCAGAAGUUAGUCGUUUGAAUUCUGAACACUGGAGAAAUCCUAAGACUGAAAAAUGGAUGGAGCACGAAGAGAUAAAUCAUCCCGAAACUGAUUUCAGUGGCAACGGCAUCCCAGAGCUGGUGCUCAAGCCCAGGCCUAGGCGGCAGCCCAUUAGCAGGCAGCAGAAAGGAAUUCCCCGGGUUGGUGGCCCAGGAGGUGUUUUUGAAGAUCAGCUGUAUCUUCCUGUGCAUUCUGAUGUUGAUUCUGUUCAUCAGACGAUCAAUGCGUCUGCCCUGGAGCAGCCUAUUAACUCCAGCAGCGUGAAAAGGGUAUUGAACAAGGUGAAGAAUCACGAGACAGGCAGCUUACAGAGUCUAGAAGGCAGUGCCUCCUUUCCACUCUCCUCGGAUUAGAUGAAAUUGUUACACAGUAUUUUUUUAACUUUUUAUUAGUAAACUAAUAAAGGCAAUCAUGACAGCCAACAUUCCGAGCUAUCCUAGAUACACAUGUGCGAAGUUAGCAUAGAAGUUAGCACACAGGCGAGCGGUAGGCACACAGGGAUGCGGUGUUGUAACUCCCUAUUUGUCAAGAGUAGAAAUAAAGGUUGAUUUGUGUUUAUUUGGGGGAGAUUAAAGCAGUAUUAUCUUUUGAAAGCCAUAGGGACAUGCCUAUACGAAUGUUAUCCAAUCAAGAUGGCUAGAAUUGUAUCUCUGAGUUUCUAAAACUUGACAUCCUCCGUGAAUCUUUCGACCUGCUUCCCACUGCCUGCAUCGUGUGGUUUUGAUUCCUUUUUAACCACUGGAAUUUUUCAGUGCCAUCACGUUCAAUGAUUUUGCACUUUGAGAUCAGAUUGCCAUGUCUAUUUGGUUAGUCUUUUUUUUCUUCCCAGAGGCUUUUCCUAGUCUCACUGCUUGCUCUCAGUGUGACCGUGGAGAGCAGACCCCAAGAAUGACACACAGUAUGGAUCACAUAUUGUCUAGCGUAAGCUCUUGCCAGAAAAUAUUGCAUGCUUUUUCCUUGACUUGCUAAAAUUGAUUAGCAGAAAGGCAUGGCUAACGAUGUUGGCAGUGAAAAUAAAUAAAUCAACAAAACAAAGAUCGCUUGCUCUCUCUGUGCCUAGCCUCAAACUGUUCAUCAUAUGCUUAAGAUUGCUAAAUUUUUGUUAUUUUAUUAGCAGGAUAAAAGGACUGAAGACUUUUUUUGUCAUCUUGGUUUUCUUGACCUGGCUAAUAAGCUAAAGUGUUGAGAAAAUAUACUUAGUUUUGAAUUUAUAUAAGGAAUCUUUUUCAAUAAAACACACUCAUGAAUGUUUCAUAUUUUAAACACACCAUAGGUGUUGUAUGAUUAUUUUUAAGGCCUUCACCAAGUUCGGAUUUUUUUUAAAGGCGUAAUUCAAGACUGCUUUUGAAAUUCUGUAUUCUUGAAAAUAUUCUUGUUAUGUAUUAGAUUUUUAAAUAUCAGCAAAAGGAUUACCUCAUCGAGAGUUAUCAGUACCCUAGCCAACUUCCCAAACAGGUUUAUUUUUUAGCUUAACAGUGAUUUUCUUUUUAUUUUUAGACCAUUCGAAUGCAUAGGUAAAUUAUGUUUUCUUCAAGUGUUUAAGGUAAACUCUUUUAAAGAAAGUUUAAUAUGUUAUAGUUGAAUCUUUGAUAACUUUAAGUCUUUAUCAUAGACUCUGUACAUAUGUUAAAAUUAACUAGCUCUUUAUCAGAUGUGUGUGUCACCAGCUGAAUGACGGAAGAAACAUAUUUAUGGUCAUGAAUGAUGUGCUUUGUAAAAAGAUUUCAAGUUAUUAGGAAGCAUACUGUGUUUUUUAAUCUUGUGUAAUAUUCUGUGAUACUUUUAUAGAACAAUUCUGGCUUCGGGAAAGUCUAGAAGCAAUAUUUCUUCAAAUAAAAGGUGUUUAAACUUUA